AUGUGCAGCCCGCUGGAGCGGCGCCUGGCCGGGCUGCGGGCUCUGCUGGGGGGCGAGGGGGCGGCGGGCCUGGAGGGGCUGCUCGACCUCCUGCUCUGCGUCCACCAGGAAUGCAGCGCCGCCCCGCUGCGCCGCGAGAGGAGCGUCCAGCAGUUUCUGGAGUGGGCCUCCCCGUUGGUUUCCCGGGUGAAACAGCUGAGUUUGCGUCGUGACGACUUCGAGAUCCUGAAGGUGAUCGGGAGAGGAGCCUUUGGGGAGGUGGCCGUCGUGCGAAUGAAGCAGACGGAGGAAAUCUACGCCAUGAAGAUUCUGCACAAGUGGGAAAUGCUGAAGAGAACCGAGACGGCCUGUUUCCGAGAGGAGCGGGAUGUCCUCGUGCAUGGAGAUCGACAGUGGAUUACCACGCUGCAUUACGCCUUCCAGGACGAGCACUAUCUGUACCUGGUGAUGGAUUAUUACGCCGGAGGAGACCUACUCACUCUGCUGAGCAAGUUUGAGGACCGACUGCCAGAAGACAUGGCCUGUUUCUACCUGGCAGAGAUGGUCCUGGCCAUCCAUUCCCUCCAUCAGCUCCAAUACGUCCACAGGGACAUCAAGCCCGACAAUAUCCUGAUUGACACCAGCGGGCACAUCCGCCUAGCGGACUUUGGUUCCUGCCUUCGCCUGGCUCCGGACGGCACGGUGGAGUCAUCGGUGGCGGUGGGCACCCCCGAUUACAUCUCCCCAGAGAUCCUGCAAGCCAUGGAGGACCGCAAGGGCAAAUACGGCCCCGAGUGCGACUGGUGGUCCCUGGGCGUCUGCAUGUACGAGCUGCUUUUCGGGGAAACGCCUUUCUACGCCGAGUCCCUGGUGGAGACCUAUGGCAAAAUCAUGAACCACGAGGACCACCUGCAGUUCCCUACGGAUAUCACCGACGUCUCGGAGAGUGCCAAGGACCUGAUCCGCGAGCUCUUGUGCCGCCAAGAAGUCCGCCUGGGCCAGAAGGGCAUCGAGGACUUCACGCGCCACCCCUUCUUCGAGGGCAUCGCCUGGGAGGACCUCCGCAACAGCCCUCCCCCCUUGGUCCCCGAGGUAGCCAGUCCGGCCGACACUUCCAACUUCGAUGUCGACGAUGACACCCUCAAAGAAGCGGAGACGCUUCCACCAAUUUCCCACGCUACGUUCUCAGCCCAUCACCUCCCCUUCGUUGGAUUCACCUACACCUCCGGGAUACCCUUCCCCGAGAGACCCCCGAUCUCCCCCACCACCAGCCGCCUGGAGAAAAGGAUCCGUCAGCUGGAGCGGGAGAAAGUGGAAUGGAAUCGGAAACUGCAAGAAAAUCAGCUGGAGAAUGACAAGAUGCAGAAACAGUACCACAAUCGCAUCGUCCUGGGUCAGGUGAAGGCCUUGGAGGACCGUGUGACAUUUCUGGAAGAGGAGAAGAAGGAUGCUCUCCAGGGUCUGACUGAGCUGCAGGAGCAGCUACAGGCUCAGGCUUGGGAGCUGCAAGAGGAACAGGAGCGACAUCAGGACACGAUAGAGGAGCUGCAGAGCGCCGAGGCCAAGUGUGGGGAGCUGCAGGCCCAGUUGUUGCGACAUUCGCGCCUACUGCGGGAGCGACUGGAGGAGACGGAAGCUGCUGCUCGACGGGUGGAAGGGCUACGCAAGGAGCUGGCCCGUGCUGAGAAUGGACGCAAGGAGCUGGAGCACCGGAUCGAAAACCUGGUGGGCGAGGUGACCAAGCAGCGAAAGGGACGGGAGAGAGCGGAGCAGCAAAUGCGGAAGUUGAAAGAAGAGGUGGAGGAGCUGCGGGCAAAACCAAGCACGGCCCUCUUCAAGCGGUCCAGCUCCAGGAGACGCCCGGAGCCGUGCGGGGCGUGGAAGGAGGAGCUGCAAGCUAAGGAACGGCAGGUUGAGGCUCUGACCAAGGAGGUGGCCCAGCUGCAGGAGCAGCUGGAGAAAGCCAGGAGGCAGCGGUGUGAAAAUGUGGAGCCAAACAGAGGAGGCCAAGCAGCCACGAGCAACAGCUGCAGCCCGUGGCCUCCCAGUGACCAGGUGGAUUCUCGGGGCAACGACGGCUUGCACCCCGGACCAGGGAGCUGCACCUCCGAAUCCCACAAAGCCACCUUCGCCAACUGGGAGAUUCAGAUCGCCGACAUUUUGAAGUGGGUGAGCGAUGAGAAGGAGUCCAGGGGGUACCUGCAGGCCAUGGCGACUCGCAUGAUGGACGAGAUGGAGGCCCUGAAGCAGGCAGGGGCGCAGAGUCCGGGCCCCAAGACUCCGGACACCCUCUGGAAGGCCCGGCGGCUGCAGAAGGUGGAGGCCUCGGCCAAGUUGGAGCUGCAGUCGGCGUUGGAGGCCGAGAUCCGGGCCAAGCAGAGCGUCCAGACGGAGCUGGAGCAGCUAAAGGUGGCCCACGUGGGGCUGGAACGACAGUUGCAGGAGGCUGAGCAGCAAAACCGGACUUUGCGUCAGGAACUGGAGAAGGCCAAAGGGGAGCUGAAGGCCCGCUCUCUGGAAGGUAUCAAAUCCCAAACCCCACUGAUCCCGUUCUUCUUCCGAAGCAGCAGUGUAAGUUUUCACCUGGAUCAGAAGGACGCCAUCACUUUUGGGAACAACCCCGACUCUCAGGACCCACGGAGAUUGACCGAGGAGGCCCAGCUGCACCCUGAAGGCAGGAGAAGCCUCCGGUGCAACAUGUGGGGCCGGAGGACAGUGGGAAGAGAUUCCCCCUUGAACCUGGAAAAAAAAUAUGGGCAAAACUCAGAAACCAGGUUAGCGCAAAGUAUUUCAAUUUCUAUGUUUUCUGCUCCCCGUAACUUCUUCUUACGCUUUUGUGUUUUUCUCAUGCAGGCAGGAGCCCCCGUUGGCGAGAGUGGCCAUUCGGCAUCCCUCAAGCCCAAAAUGCACAGCUUCAAAACCCACAGCUUCUCGGCCCCCACCAAGUGCAUGCGUUGUACAUCGCUGAUGCUCGGCCUGGUCCGCCAAGGCCUGGCGUGUGAGGCCUGCAACUUUGUCUGCCACGUGUCCUGUGCGGCCGGAGCCUCCAUCUGCCCCAUGCCCCCGGAUCAGCUGCAGAAAACCCUGGGGGUGAAUCCGGUAAAUGGAACUGGCACCGCCUUUGAGGGGUAUUUGUCGGUGCCCAAACCCUCCGGGGUGAGGAAGGGCUGGCAGAAGGCCUUCGUGGUGGUCAGUGACUUCAAGAUUUUUCUCUUCGAUGCCUCGGAAGGGAAGAUCUCACCGGGUGUCAUGCAUGUCACAGAUAUGCGGGAUGAGCAGUUUUCCGUGGCUCCUGUCCUGGCUUCCGAUGUCAUCCACGCCAACAAUAAAGAUGUGCCUUGUAUCUUCCGGGUGACGUCCACUCAGCUCUCCUGCCCUCCCACCACCAGCUCCGUGCUCUUCCUGGCCGACAGCGAGGCGGAGAUGCAGAGGUGGACCCAGGUGCUGAGUGAGCUGCAGCAGCUGCUGCGACAGAACCGGCACUGCGACCGCGCGGUCUACGUGCUGAAGGAGGCCUACGACAACGGGCUGCCCUUCAUCCCCCACGCCCUCUCAGCCGCAAUCAUAGACCGGGAAAGGCUUACUCUGGGUACGGAUUACGGACUUUUUCUCAUUAAUCUCAGGACAAACGAUGUGCUGCGGGUGGGCGACUGCCGGCGGGUGCAGCUGCUGCUGGUCUCCCCCAAAGCUCAGCUGCUGUCCGUGCUCUGCGGCAAGAACCAUGGGCUGCGCAUCUUCUCGUGGGCGGAGCUGGAGACCCCCGAGGCGCUAGGAACCAAGGUGGUGGAGGCCAAAGGUUGCCAAGCGGUGGCCGUGGGGCUGAUCUGCCGCGGCAUGACCCCCGUGCUGUGUGUGGCCUGCAAACGGCAGGUCCUGUGCUUCCAGCUGACGGCCACGCACCCGCCCCACCGCCGUAUCAAGGAGAUCCAAGCGCCAGGAUACGUCCAGUGCCUGGAUGUAUUGGGGGACCGGCUCUGCGUGGGCUACCCGUCUGGCUUCUCCCUCUACCCUCUGCUCAACGAAGGAUCUCCGGUCAGUCUGCCUCACGCGGACGACGUUCGGGCAAACGCCGUGGCCCAGAUGGAAGCGCUGAAAGCCGUGGAGGUCAGCCUGAGCGAAUUCAUCUUGUGCUUCAGCGGUUUCGGCCUCUACGUGGACCCGCACGGACACCGCAGCCGAGCCCAAGAGCUGAUGUGGCCAGCCACUCCUCUCAGCUGGGGUUACAAUGCUCCUUAUUUGUCUGUAUUCAGCGAAAACAGCCUCGAUAUCUUUGACGUCCGGAAGGCGGAGUGGAUUCAGACUAUCUGUCUGAAAAAGGUGCGCGCACUGAAUCCCGAGGGCUCCUUGUGCACCUUUGGCAGCGAAAAAGUCCGGCUGACCUACCUCAGGAACAAAGCCGCAGACCAGGAUGAGUUCGAAAUCCCCCAGACCACUGAUAACAGCCGGCGAUACCUCAUGAGGACUAGGCACAAGCGGUGCUUCUCUUUCCGGAUCUCCGAGGAGGAGCGGCAACAUCAGAGGAGAGAAAUGAUGCGCAACCCCAGCCUCCGUGCUAAGCUCAUCUCUUCCCCAAGCAACUUCAACCACCUCGUCCACGUCGGGCCGAGCGAAAAGCAGCGUCAACUACAGGACCUACACUUGCCGCUCCCCAAAGUCGGAAAGGUUGGGGACCACAACUGUGAUGGCACGGCACAGAGGCAACCCAAGCAGACGGAAGUUCAAGCCUCUCUUUUAUUGCUCCAAAUUUCUCCAAACGCUCCCACGUUUCUGGCCAGUCUCAGAGCAAACACAAACACACACAACUAUAAGAAAUCCAGAAAGAAUGCAAGGAAUCCAGGAAAGUUCAAACGUCGGCACUUAAAUACUCCAGGAAUUUAGUGUUUGUUCCUCCCCACAGCGUCUCCUGAAGUCUCAGUCCCAGGCGCAGGAAGAGAAGAAGAGGGAGGCCGAAGUCCGAAUGCGCUGCAGCAGCCUCUCCGAGAU